GUCCAUGUUGCCGUCACUGUUGACCGUUAAGUCCCAAACGGUCAGCAGUUAAACCCAUCUCUCUUUGUUUUUUUUUUUCCACAUAUGCUGCCUCACUCAGCCAGCACAGCAGCCAUGCUGGUCAGGAUCAACCCCAUUUUAUUUUUUAAGCUAGGCUCUAAUUUUGAUUAGUUUGAAACCGUCCGUUGAACACGGAACACAAACUGGUGGCUACUGAGCCACUGAGUCAACUCAAAAUUCCACUGCAUAAACUCAGAAUUCGGGGUUUUUAGUUUAGACAUCUUUGAGUUGGUUCCGAGACAACUCGGGUAGAGCCAAGUCAAUAGCUGGUCACGGCCUUGCCGUUAUGAUGCGGACCAAGAGGGUGUUUGGGGCUAGAAAGGCUGUGCAUGGACCCCGGGUUUCCCGUUCAGGGCGACGUCUGUGGCCGGAAUCUGGUGACAAGUGUUCCCGGUUUAAGAAGAGCGCAGAUGAGGCGGUGAAUAAAGAUCCUGAAAAAUUGCAGGAGGAUGGGGCGUCUUGUACCGAUAGGAGGUAUGGGCUUGUGUAUACUCGAAAAAGAAACAAAAUUGGAACUGGGGUUGCUGAUUUUUUGGAUAAAAAAUAUGGCUUACAGAAGAAGAGGAGUUCACUGACGAGGAUGAAAGCUAGAAAUCCUUCACUCGGUGGUGUACACAAAGCUAGAGGACCUAGCUUUGGCCGCUAUUUGCCUGCUCCCAUAGUUAAGGUCAUCCCAGUUCCUGGAGUUCGACAAGUGCAAGCCUUUGAGGAUGUAGACGGUUUGCCCUUUCAGAGACCAUAUUCAUAUAUCUGCAUAAAAGCAGAUCCUUUAUAAAAGUUGAUUUCAUCAUUUUUUGGUUAACCUUAAAAAAUCAUAGCACCAGGGCACUUCAAAAUUUAGCAUGUAUUUGACAAUUGUUUGGGAAAGCAAGCAAAGGAGAUAGAACAAAAAUAAAAAUAAAAACUAAUUUCUUCA